CGGUCCAAAAAGACGGCGGCGAUUCGCUUCUCCUCAUCCAGCGGCAGUCCGGUGAGUUCUCCUCGCCGAGGCCGGUUCCAGAGGUCGGUGUCGGCCUGGAUUCAUGGGGGGAAAGAAGAAGAAGUCUGCGGGACCGGCGGCUCCUCCGGCGGCUCCUCCGGCGGCGGCGCACGCUGGCCGGACGGGAGCCGCUGCGGCGGGGAGCGGCGUGGCCGAGGAGCCGAAGAAACAACCGGGCGGCAGCAAGGCAGCCAAACCGGGAAAAGAGAGCCGAUCUAAAGCUCCAAAGACCUACAGCCUGGCCGGCGCCGCCCAGGUGGACCCCGGCGGCGCCUCGGACAAGUCCAUCCUUAAAGUGGGAAUCCAGGCCGAGCUGGAGAAGAAGAUCGUCCGGCUGAUCAACGAGUUCCGGCAGCAGAACGGCGACCGGGGCCCCGUGUCCGGCAGGCUGACCAACAAGAAGCUGCUGGACCUGUACUCCGCCCUGGAGAAGUUCGGCUUCCGACGGGAGCACAUCGAGGACGCCAUGAGGAGCAGCGUGCUGCACGGCGGAGACCUGCACUCCGCCCUGGACUGGCUCUGCCUCAACCUGCCCGACGACGAGCUGCCGGACGGCUUCAGCCAGCAGCUGCAGGAGGAGAGUCAGAAGACCAGGCCCAGGUUCCAGCCUGCUGCUCCUGCUGCUCCCGCGCCUCCCGCGCCUCCCGCUCAGACCCCCCCGCCCCGCAGCAGCACCAGGGACGACGCCGCCAGCGUGAAGGACUGGAUCCUGAGGUACGCCGAGCAGAGCAGCGACGAAGACGAGGAGGAGGAGGAGGAGGAGGGGGGCGGGAGGAAGAACACCCACAAUCCCGAACUGGACGAGAAGUUCGAUCCAAACGACCGCUACCUGCUCCUCACCGCUCAGCUGUACGACGCCAGAGACAUGGCGGCCGCCGCCAAGGCCAAGAGCGAUCGGGCGAGCCAGAGGACGGCUCAGGACCGCAUCCGCAUCCUCCAGCAAGAGAUGAAGCAGCUGGAGCUCCACCCCGUCUUCAACCCCGCCAUCAGAGUGGUGGACGUGGCUCAGAGGGAGAGCAAGGUGCCCCCCCCCAGCGAGGACCGGGAGGAUCUGGGCUUCCAGCUGUUCGAGCGGGCGGAGAAGGCUCCUCCAGCGGAGAAAGGUCCUUCAGCUGUGAGGAAGAACGAGCCGAAGGACGUCCGGAACCUGGACUACACGGCUCGCAGCUGGACGGGGAAGUCCCCCAAGCAGUUCCUCAUUGACUGGGUCCGCAAGAACCUGCCGAAGAGUCCGGCGCCGGCGUUCCACAAGGUGGCGGCCGGCCGGUACUGGAGGUGCAGGGUGCGGGUCCAGAGGACGGACGACGUCCUGGAGGUGUGUCCCACCAUCCUGACCGAGGACAGCAUGCAGGCUCAGCACCUGGCGGCCACGCUGGCGCUCUACACCCUGGUGAAAGGACAGUCGGUGCACCAGCUGCUGCCGCCCCCCUACCGGGAGGUGUGGCUGGAGUGGCGGGACGGCGAGCAGCAGCGGCAGGAGGAGAGCCGCUCCGCCGCCAACAAACCCCGAGACCAGUUCAUCUCCCGCCUGCUGGCCCGACUCAAGCAGCAGCAGAACCAGAACCAGAACCAGAACCAGAACUGGGGGCCGGCGGAGGACUUCGGGGGAGGGACGGGACGGCGCGGGGACGAGGACCUGGAGCCCGAGGAGUCCUGGGAGAGCCUGGCCGGCCUGGACGUGUCCGAGGGGGGGCAGGAGGACGGGAGUGAGAGGACCGGCGGGAGGGACGGAGCGGCGGCGCUGCAGGCGGCCCGGGAGCUGCUGGUCCGGCUGAGGACGUCUCCGCUCGCCUGCCAGCUGAAGGCGGAGCGGGAGCAGCUGCCGGUCUUCCAGCACCGCCUGCGGGUCCUGGAGGCCCUGCAGCGCCACCCGGUGGUGGUGGUGGCCGGCGAGACGGGCAGCGGGAAGAGCACCCAGAUCCCGCAGUUCCUGCUGGAGGAGCUGCUGGGCGGCGGCGAGACGCCGCAGCGCUGCAACAUCAUGGUCACGCAGCCGCGCCGCAUCUCCGCCAUGAGCCUGGCCUCCAGGGUCAGCCAGGAGCUGGGCUGCCCGGACGGCCCGGGGUCAAAGACGUCGCUGUGCGGAUACCAGAUCCGGAUGGAGAACCGGUCCGGGGACUGGACCCGCCUGCUGUACUGCACCACCGGGGUCCUGCUGCGGAGGCUGCAGCACGACACACACCUCUCCGCGCUCACACACAUCGUGGUGGACGAGGUCCACGAGCGCAGCGUCCAGUCCGACUUCCUGCUCACCAUCCUGAAGGACGUGGUGAGGCGGCGGUCCGACUUGCGGCUCGUCCUCAUGAGCGCCACCGUGGACUGCCACAAGUUCUCCUCCUACUUCAACCGCUGCCCCGUCAUCAGCAUCCCGGGCAGGACCUUCCCCGUGGAGGUCUUCCAUCUGGAGGACAUCGUGGAGGAGACGGGGUACGUCCUGGAGAAGGACUCGGAGUACUGCCAGAAGAUCCUGGAGGAGGAGGAGGAAGUCAGCGUCUCCGUCACGCAGAAAGGAGGGAAGACUCUGCAGCACCAGGAGUUGAUAGUGAAGGACCCGUCCUCCGGCUGGGACCUGGGUCCGGACCUGGACCACUUCAGCAGCCGCACCCGGCAGGUCCUGCAGUACAUGAACCCCAACAAGAUCAACAUGGAGCUGCUGGUGGACCUGCUGGCCUACCUGGACAAAGCGCCGCAGUUCUCGGCCGUGGACGGAGCGGUUCUGGUCUUCCUGCCCGGCCUGGCUCACAUCCAGCAGCUGUACGACCUGCUGACCUCGGACCAGAGGUUCAGGGACAAGAACAGGUUCCGGAUCCUGGCUCUGCACUCCACCCUGUCCUCCAGGGACCAGGCCGCCGCCUUCACAGUGCCCCCUGCUGGAGUCAGGAAGAUCGUUUUGUCCACCAACAUCGCCGAGACGGGCGUGACGAUUCCCGACGUGGUGUUCGUCAUCGACACCGGGAAGACCAAGGAGAACAAGUACCAUGAGAGCAGCCAGAUGAGCUCCCUGGUGGAGACGUUUGUGUCCAAAGCCAGCGCCCUCCAGAGGCAGGGGAGGGCAGGACGGGUGCGAAACGGCUUCUGCUUCAGACUGUACCCCAAAUACAGGUUCGAGGCCUUCAUGGACUACUCGGUGCCGGAGAUCCUCCGGGUCCCGCUGGAGGAGCUGUGUCUUCACAUCAUGAAUGCCAGUACGGCUCCCGGAGGACUUCCUGAGCCGGGCGCCGGACGCCCCCGCAGCCGCAGUCCGUCAGCAACGCCGUCAGCCUGCUGCGGAGGAUCGGCGCCUGCCGGCCCGACGGCACCGCCCUCACGCCGCUGGGCCACACCUGGCCGGCCUGCCCGUCAACGUCAAGAUCGGGAAGAUGCUGAUCUACGGCGCCAUCCUGGGCUGCAUGGAGCCCGUGGCCACCAACUCGCCGCCGCCAUCGCCGAGAAGUCCCCGUUCUCCACGCCCAUGAACCGGAAGGAGGAGGCAACCUGGCAAGGCCGCGCUGGCCGUAGCCAACUCCGACCACCUCACCUGUACAACGCUUACCUCGGGUGGAGGAACGCUCAGGCCGAGGGGCUGAGAACAGAAAUGUCCUACUGCAGGAAGCACUUCCUGAAUCGAACGGCUCUCCUCACCAUGGAGGACGUGAAGAAGGAGGCUGAUGAAGAUGAUGGAGGAGGCGGGGUUCUGGUCCCGCCCCAAGCAGCAGCAGCAGCAAGCGGGCGGCGCCGCCGCAUGUCCAGGCCGCAGGUGUCGGUGCUGAACGCCGUGCUGACGGCGGGGCUGUACGAAAGCGUGGCCCGGGUGCUGUGCACAGCCCUCGGUGGACGUGCUGGAGAGCGGGUGGCGGUGCACGGCGGAGACGCCGCAGGCCGGGCGCAGGUCCACCCCUCCUCGGUGAACCGCAACCCUGCAGACACACGGCUGGCUGCUGUACCGGAGAAGGUGAAGUACGGUAGGAUCUACCUGCGGGACACCACCCUCAUCUCUCCCUUCCCCAUGCUGCUGUUCGGAGGCGCAUCGACAUCCAGCACGGGAGCGGCUCAUCACUCUGGAGCAGGCUGGAUCCACUUCCAGGCUCCUGUGCGGAUCGGAGUGAUCUUCAAACACUGAGGAAGCUGAUUGACUCGCUGCUGGAGAAGAAGCUGGAGAACCCCAGGAUGAGCUGGAAGGUGAGACGACCAUCCAGCUGAUCCUGAUCUGAUCCUGUCGGAGCACGCCGCCUGACGUGGUGUAUGAGGGGCGACGUCUGGGCCGUGUCUUUAAAUAACGUGUGCACUGUGAAAUCAGUGCAGCUGCUGCAGGCCGAUAUUUCCCAGCAUGCUCUGAGAAUGACCAUGGAGCUGCCGGAGGACGCCGUUCCAGCUCCCCACGCUUUCCACAGAGAAAUCCCACCACAGAC